GAGAAAGAAAAAUCUUGAAAUGACUAAACCUCAACCCACGAAAUUCGGGAAAUUCUCUUUUUUUGUAUUUUUUUCUUUUUUGUUUUUAGGAAAAAAAGAAAAAAUAAGAGUGAAGAAAGCAUAGCGGCCGAUGGCCACCGUCCUCAAUUUCCACCCGAGCCAUCGCCGCCUCCACCGCAACUCCGCCGCCGCGGUAUUCCUUAUCUCCCCGCGCCUCCACUUCCAUUUUUUCUGAUUAGAACAUCGUCCAAGUUGAAAUUGGAUUCCGCUCCCAUUGAAUUGCUCGAAUUUCACAUUUCACAAUCCUGCAUCGUCAACAAUCAUCAAAAUUCACGCCUCUUUCAAUAAGAAACUCUGGGAUGGCGUCGGCGGCGGCUUCCAUAUCUCACAGGCCUCUCAGUGCAUGCAAUACUCGCCGGCGCUCUAAUGUAUUGCCAUCUUUGCCGGCGGUUUUGCCUGUUUCUUCUUCUGCUUCUAUUGACGACGAAAAUGCUCCGAGAAAUAGAAGGGUUUCUUGUGCUUGCGUUGCUCCGCCUCAAAAUUACCAGCCUGCAAACUUUAAAGGUGCUCACAAGAUUGAUAAUUCAAGCAUGAACAAGGAGGAUGAGGAUGGGCCAGAUGUGCUCAUUGAAUGCCGAGAUAUCUACAAAUCCUUUGGGGAAAAGCACAUACUAAGAGGUGUGAGCUUUAAGAUUAGGCAUGGAGAGGCUGUUGGAAUAAUAGGGCCAUCUGGGACAGGAAAGUCAACCAUCUUGAAGAUUAUGGCUGGGCUUCUUGCUCCAGACAAGGGUGAGGUAUUGAUUCGCGGUAGAAGACGACAUGGGUUGAUCAGUGAUGAGGAAAUAUCUGGCCUAAGAAUUGGCUUGGUUUUUCAGAGUGCAGCACUUUUUGAUUCUCUCACUGUUCGUGAAAAUGUCGGGUUUUUGUUAUAUGAAAAUUCAACUAUGUCAGAGGAUAAAAUUGCCGAACUUGUCACAGAGACUCUAGCUGCUGUUGGACUGAAGGGAGUUGAAGAUCGAUUACCUUCUGAAUUGUCUGGUGGGAUGAAAAAGAGAGUUGCCCUUGCUCGUUCCAUCAUUAAUGAUACAACAAAGCAUGCGAUUGAGCCUGAGGUGCUCCUAUAUGACGAGCCAACAGCUGGUCUGGAUCCUAUUGCAUCCACUGUUGUUGAAGAUCUCAUUCGCUCGGUUCAUAUGAAAGGUGAAGAUGCAUGUGGGAAGCCUGGGAAGAUUGCUUCAUAUGUGGUAGUUACUCAUCAACAUAGCACAAUCAAAAGAGCUGUUGAUAGGCUGCUGUUUUUGUAUGAAGGAAAAGUUGUUUGGCAAGGAAUGACUCAUGAAUUCUCCUCGUCGACGAAUCCAAUUGUUCAACAGUUUGCAUCCGGGAGCUUGGAUGGGCCAAUUAGGUAUUAGGAGGUAGGACGAUGUCCGUGUUGGCGCUGGCAAGAGUUUUUUUCUUAGCAAGCUCACUUGCAGAUUUCCAUCUCUUGCUUCAUACGAUGUAUUUGCUACAACUUUUCCCCAUUUGUAGAACUUAGAAAAGUUGAGUUGAAUCAAAAGGAAUGUGAUAGUGUUUCUUUUAA